UGUAGAUACACGCCAACCAGCGCUGAGUGUUUGUAUAGUAACCGUACAGUGUUGCGGGUCCAUGGGAGUGAGGAGUAGGAGGAUCCUCGGAUGAUGCACCAGAAGCAAAGUCGCGCCGUUUAAAAUUAAGUCAGAAGUUGAACGACUAUAGGCAAAACUGCACGGAUGUGAAAUGGUAACUGCUUUGGCAAACGGGGGACAAAUGGUGCAUAUAAAUGGAAGAGAAGAAGAAGAAGACAGCUCAUUUGAAGAGAAAGAGGGAUCAACCCUGAAUGGAUGUAUAGAAGAAAAUGAAAGCUCAGGUGAUGAAAGUCCUGAAAGUUCUUCAGAGAGUGACUCGGAGGACACAGAAGAAAAUGAAGAAAGAGGAGAUGAAAAAGAAAAAAAUGACCAAGAUGAUAAAUCUUUAAUAGCAAGUGCAGAAACAUCAGAAUUUUACAUCCGACCAUCUUGUGAACACUGCAAGAUUACAAAUAAGAAUGACACUGAGAAAGUAACUCCAAGGAAGAUUUCAAAGGGACAGUUUCUGUUGAUGGUAGAUGAGGAAGGAAGUUACCACUGCUUGGCUACAGGGCUAAUUUUUGAAGUCUCUGGAAAGGUGGAGAUUAAAUAUUCCAUUUUGUCAUGGAGUAAAUAUGGUGAAUUUAUUAAGCCACCUUGGAUUCUUGGAGGUCCAAUAUUUAACGUGAGCAGUGAUGUAUCCAAACUCAAAUCAGUUCAUUUUCCCCAUUCACUCUGCCUUGGAGAUCAUGAUUCGGAUGUAAAAUUUGGAGUUUUGCAUAUGAGAGAAAAUGUUCCACAAGUAGAACCAUCUGUCGAUCAUUCUGCAACACAUAUUAAAUGGAACGUCAGCUCGCUUUCUCCUGUGGGGCCACUUAUUCAGACAUCAGAGGCUGUACAGCAUCAUGGAGCAGUACUGCUUUACAAAGUUAUAGAUGACCCUCAUUCAUUUCGUGUUUAUGUGGCUGCUAACAGUGCUUCUGUUAUAAAGGAUAUUUCAAACUCGAUUAAACAUUCUCAGAGAAAAUUUAUGAAAAUUGAUAAGCCUCCAGUAUGUCAAAAACUUUUACAAGAAGGAAAGAAGUACAGAUUAAAAAGUGAAUGUGAAUCAACAGUUGACAUCAUCCCUCAAGAGAUUGAAUUUCAUGAUGACUCCUCGAGGAAGCUUAAGAAUUUUAUUGAAGUGUAUUUGGAGCAUCCGGUUAAUGCAUUCAAACUCUCACUUGAAGAGGUGGAUUCAGAUCAAAUUAUUUGGACAGCGGCACUACGAGAAUGUGACUGGUUGCACAGUGAUUCAAACGGAGAAACUUCUCAAGCAGAACCUAUCAAAAAAAGGAAGAGGAAGAGCACAGCCUCUGAUGAAGAAGGCAUUUUUAAACAGUCCAAAUGGGGAGAUAUUACAGAUGAGCCCAAGAAGAACAAGAAUCUGCUUAUAACUGACCAGCAGUUACUAGUUAUUGCUAAAAAACUUGGCAAGGAAUGGAAAGAAAUAGGCAUUUGCUGCCUUUCAUUGGAAAUGAAAGAUAUUGAUCAAAUUCAGGAUCAGUUUAAGGAUGAAGGAAUUAACAUCCAUAAAUUUCGAAUGCUGGCAAAAUGGAGAGAAAGGGAAAAGGAUAAUGGAACAGUGCAACGUCUUUAUGAUCUGCUGAAACCACAAGUAACAUAUGAAGUACAAGAAACACUAGAAGAAAUCCUCAGUGAAUGAAUUCAUAUGCAAUUAUGAAGACAAAGCUUCCAACACCAAAGUUGGUCCUCAGAGACUGUUAGCUUGUGUGAAGAACUCUGAACUGCAAAGACACUAAACUAUAACCCAACUGCAAAUUCAGUGAAUCAGAAGUAUCACUCACAGAGCUGAAGAUAAAGUAAUAAAACCUGCAUGUCUUUCAGGCAACAUUUACUUAUAUUUGGGCAUCAGUAAUCAGGACUUUAAGCUACAGUGUGAUAUAUUUUAUCAGACGUCAGUAAUGGGAACAGCUGCAUUAUUUGCAGAUGUACUACAGAAGUGGUUUCUUACACAUUAUGGUUACAGAAUGUAAUUGUUGAUUGCUGGAGUUUCGUAUUGUGAUUGUGUGGUGUGAUCCACCAUGUCAGAGUUGUAUGGUGUUGCCUACAAUGUAUGCUUUGCAGUUGACCUAAAGGUUUCAGCAGAAACUUAUUUUCUCUAAAGGAAUGUUUCCCUUGCAUACAAACAUAUUCAGAACCUGUCAGAAUCAUUUCUAAUUUAAGUUUGUUGAGGGGCUGUCAUGUAAAAGUCUUACUGUAUUUACCAGAUUGAGAUACAACUUUCUAGGAAGGCCUGGUAGGGUUUUCAGAGCAGCUAGAUAACCAGAAGUUCAGUGAGCAACAGAAAAUUUUUAACACUUUUGUAACCACAAGUAUUUUGUAAACCACCCCCUUCUUGAUAUGACUGUCUUCAUCUGUUUGUGUGAAGCAAUUCAGACGGUAUUUCUUUUUAAAAGGUCAGUGAUGCUUAAAAGCUGUUGUGAACUUAAUUGCCAUAUGGUACAUUUUUGACCAUUUGAAAACAACCAAGUCCGGGUAGACGUAAAGGAAGAGAAACCGGCAUGGACACAACAAGUAAAUACUUGAUAAGCACUUUCGUUCCUUUAUUCAAGUAGUGGAACUUCAUUACAUAAUUUUGGUCAGUGUAGAUAAUUGUAGAUUUAGUAUCAGAAGAACCAGGAGUGCAGGGAGGGUAAAGGAGAAUUGGCAUGUCUGUUGUAGGAGGAGUAAUGAAGACUGACAUCACAGUAGUGUUCUGUUACCGCACAGUGCAAAGCAGGCCUCUCAUCAAAGCAUGGAAAUGUUGGCACACCUGACAGCGCUUAAUAUUUACAUACAAAUGUUUGUGCACCUCCUUUUUUAAUCAGUGCAUUUCCAAUUUUUCUGAGAGUUAUUCUGCAUAAGAAGUGUAACAUCACUGUGUGUAUUAUGGGUGAUGAUCUCACAAGUGUGCUUCCUCCUGCUUAUCCACACCUGCUGCUAGCUUUGAAUGAGGUGGUUGGAUUAAGAAAAGCCUUAAGUAUACCUAUUCCAUUUUAAGGAAUGCCAUAUGUCAGGGGAGAAGAAUUCCAUCUACCAGUGACAUUUUUUUGUAUGUGUAAAAAUGAAACUUCUUUAUAUUGCUGGUGAUUGUCCUGCUUGUGAGUAGCUUGAUUCUUUAUUAUUCAGCCUUUAUACAUUGCUUCUAUUUCUAGUAGUAAGCAUUAUUUUCACUGAGACGUUGCCACAGUAAGUAAUGUGAAUGCAUAGUUUCUAAGACUUCCCUCUCAUAGGUACACUGAAUCAGUAAUUAACCUCCUUUUUGUUGUCACUGAAAAAGCUUUAAUGAUAAUGAAGACCACUUCCUGGUGACAAAAAUGUAUUGUUUAUAUAGCUGAUGUGUCUUUCUGUUUUUUAGUUUUACAUUCUGGUUUGAAAGUGUGUAUUUUUGUGUCUUAUAUGCGUCAGCAAACUCUGUUUUGCAAUCUAAUUCAAAUAUCAAUCAAGGAAAAAUUAAUUAGGGAAACAGCUCCUGAUGCCAUGGACAUUAGGUGUGGACUGGCAUGACCAUACCACAAGCAAGUAUUCAAAGUUUCCCAAUGGAAUUACCCUCUGAGCAAUGAAAUCUGUUCAGCACUGUCAUGAGUGAGUGGAAAUAGUGUCUUAGGCUCAACUACUGCAGAUUACACCCAUUUAAUUUCCCUGUGUAUUACAACCUAAUUAGCCUUUUGAAAUUGUUAUGCAUCAAAUUCAACUUUUCUGUAAAUAAUUUUCAUGUUAAAAUUUGCAGUGCAGCCUAAUUCACCUCACAUCAACCUAAACCUCUUUUAUCAGAUGAAACAUUAUCAUCUUCCUGUUUGGUAGUAUAGUACAGGAGAGUAAUGCUAUGAGCCGGUAAUGAGGUUUAUAUUGUAGGUCUGAGUUUGAGUCCCUCCAUUUCCAUUCACAUACUUUAUGACUGGGGAAGUCCAUUUACUAACCCACAGUUCUUACGUUGCUUUCAAGGGACACUAGCCCAGAUUUUUUGCUAGAGGAGUUUGUCUACAUUUUAAUACUGGGUAAGUCACAUGUUCACCAAAGAGCCUUGUUAGCAUACUACAGGUCAGAUUACAUAAACUUUCAGCGGGGGCUGUUGUAGGAAGUGCUUAGAGCUUACAGUUGAAGUUUGUCCUUUUGUAUUUCAUUCCCUUACCCAUGAGUAAUUAGAUUUGUUGAAUUACUGGAUUUUACUCAGCUAGAGAUGCUGUAUUGUCGCUCACAGACUUGGAGCCUAUUUAGCAGUGAGAUGAUACUACUUUACUAUGUACUUGUAUUUGUAAAACUGUUAAACUGUGUCUAAUAAUUAUUCAAACCUAAGCAGUAACAUUUCUGUUUCAUGCUUGUUCCUACAAAUCUUUUUCCCUCCAGUGUCUUGAAAGAAGCUUGUUGAGUAGCAAAUGCCCUAAUAUUCUAAAAGAAUAAAAUAUUUUGUAUCUUUCCUCUAAAAAUGUCAAGAAGCUUUGGAACUGAAUCUCAUCACUGUUCUAAAUGUAUUUUCCUAUUAGCUGAUGCCAUGUGUUGUGCUUCAGAAAUCACACCAAACCUAUAUGUCUAAUACUGAUUCUAUCCAACUGAAUUUCUUUUCUCGCUUUUUUCUACCAUUCAUUGUGGUAAAAUGUUUUGAGCUUUCACACCUUUCCUGAAUUUAUGACUGAAGUACAGUUAGUUUACACUGAUUAGCAUUUGAAAGUUGAGGCAAAUGCAGUCUACACAUUUCCCCAUAUACUUUUCAGUACCAUUCCUACUGUAUUAUAGCAGGUAAUUACAGGAGUACUUUUUUACUAAGGCAAUAAAAAUUAAGUGCUGCAACAAAAUUCUCAGCCAUCGAUGACCCUGUAUUUUGACAAGUUAUAGUAGCUAUUUUUGUAUGUAUGUAUAUGCGUAACUAUUCAUGUGGUUUGAAAACAUCAGUGUCUAUGUGUUUUACUGACAGACUUGUAAUUCAAGACAUUCUUGAAUAUAUAUAAAUUCAGUAUAUGCUACAUAUCUGAUAAUGCAGGUCUUUUACUGAAACAAUGUAUACAAUGCACAUAACUGUUUUAGAAGUGCACUUUAAGCUACUACUGUAAUUCUAUUCUUUUUCUCAAAGGGUUCCUUGUCAUGGCUAGUCACUAGUAUGGAAAUAAAUCCUAGAACUAAGCAAAUGUGUGUUUCAGUAUAGAUAGAUAUUUAGAUGUGUGUGUGUGUGUGUGUGUGUGUGUGUGUGUGUGUGUGUGUGUGUGUGUGUGUGUGUGUGUGUGUGUGUGUGUGUACAUUCUGAGAUAAUCAACAAGCUAAGCAAACUAAAUGUAAACUCAUAUGUUACCUGCUAGAUAGUAGACUGGUUAAUGGGCAUAGCCAAGUCUGUUAGAUGGGAGGCAUGCUGUCUUCGAAAAGAGUAUUCACUUGUGGUAUCUCCCAGUGAUCAAUUCCAGGAUCACUUGUCUUUGGUAUUUACUUCUCCACUAACAAGGCUGACAUCAAGUGCAUGUAGCUGACCAAGUCUGGAAUUGUCACUACUGCACCGUAUGACUUCCAGAUUUUUCAGGAGGGACUAGCGUGCAGCAACAAGUGGUGCCUGGACCACAGCGUAAAAUUGCAUACCAAGAAGUGCAGCACCAGCACUAUGUCUUUAGCCAACACUGACUCAGACAUUAGGGACCUAAGCAUUUUCACUGACAAUUAGUUAUCCUUUUAUCAUUAUUUAUCCACUAAUGUUAGGAAAUCCUUUUGCCUAAUCCCCAGGAGUGAUUAAGAGAGUAUAAUGUCCCCUUUGAUAUGUAGUUGGCUAAGCACAUGACCCAGUUUUAGGGGCUGCAUUAUUUUCUCAUUACAGUAAUUAAGGGUAUGUCUUUCUUGAGCUACCCAGACAAGCUUAAAGCACUUUGCCUCUUUUCUGUUUUCUUAUACACUCUGGAGAGGUAAUCUCUGUCUAACCUACAUAGCCUGAAAGGAUCCGGUCCACUGUCACCUGCUGCACAUCUGCAGAACUAGUAACAUCCUAAACACCUGUUCAAGAGAAUUUAUCUUCUACCAAAACGUAAAUAGUUUUGCUGGCAAGAUAGCUAUAUAACCCAGACAAUCUCCUGUUAACAGAAUAGACUUCCUUUGGAUAUAAAGCAAAGUAGCUCCCUGACCUUCUUUAAGCAUAACCCGGAUGCAUGGAUGGGCAAUUUUAACUACAGCCCAGGUCUGACCCCUGAAGCUGUCAUUGAAAUGGGUCUAAAACUAGAUGUAAUUUAGUCACGCCAAUGGGUACUUACAGUAUAGGAUACUGUGGCUAGGCUACUUAUGUUCCUCUGGAUCAAUAGCCUACUGUUAACCUAUGAAUCUGUGAACCUAAAUGUGCACACGUCUUUCAUUUUAGCAUCACCACAUGUUAGCAAAUCAGUAUCCUCGAUCAGUUCCAUGAAUGUUAUUCACAAACCUGUUAACCACUUCUGUACAUCUGCUGCAUGAUAGCAUCACAUAACACAGUGUUGUGUAGUUCAGAGAAGUGCCAACCUAAAAACAUAUCCAGAUGCAGUACUGCCAUCCUGGAAGACUUAGCAUGACAUGAAUGAGCAACAUUUACAUAAGGCCUGCCAGUACACUUCUGGAUGAUCCAAAACCAUACAAGCACACCCCAGCGCCUGAAUGAAAAAUAGUCUACUCACAUAAAAUGCAUUAUCUUGACAACUGGACUGCAGAUCUCAUGCCAGUGACACAAUAGUGUUCCCACUCAGUAUGUCAUCUCUGGUGCUUGCUCUCAUUGCUAUGCACUGAUGAUACACCCUACAGUGCUACACCCAUACCUGAAUGCACCAAAUGAAAACAAAGAUGUGUUGUCUCAGCCAAGUAUAAGACUGCCAUCACUGUCAAAUGUCCUUAACAGUGUACUUAAGGUAUGGCCAGUAUGAUGACAUCACAUUUAUGUCUGUGCAAGGUCUGACAUAAUAUUGAGGUGUAGUUAAACAUUAAAGGGUAACAUAACCAUAAUACUUUAUUAUGGAAUGCAAUAAUAUUAUGCCAUGUAGUACAACAUUCAUACACUGUUUGCAUAGUUUUCUGUCAAUUCACUUUCCCAACAGCAGAAACAGUUUUGCUGUUAGCUUACAAUGUGGAAUUAUACUUUUAGUACAUCUGGGUGCUGACUCGCCUAUACAACAGUACUAUACUGUCCCUGUCUUCCACUCUGUUAUCCAUUCCUACAUUUCUGUAACUAACUCAACUGAAUAACUUGUUCUGAGCAUAUAGAUAUGUAUUGUCUCUAAUUUUACACACACACACACACACACACACACA